CGCAAGAAAAGAAUUUCAAAAUGACGAAGUUUCUAACUUUAGUUGGUUUAUUCAUAACACUUCAGUUGGCUGAAAAUCAGUAUGAAGUCAUCGCACAAAGUCAUCCAUUGAGUGUUCAAAAGCGAUCCGAUCCGUCUUUGGGACCGGUUGGUGGGAUUGCUAUUAAGCAUCCACUUCAAGCAACUGUUUAUGCACACCGACAAGGAUUGAUGAAGUUGUUGGUACCGUUUGAGAUAACAAUUGUGCCGUUAGCGGGUGGUGGUGUUCCAUAUCCUGAGGUGCCAACAAAUGGUUAUCCUAUCUCUGGCCAAGUCAAACCACAACAAGAUGUUAGUCACUUGCCAUACAAUCGAAACACCUACCGACAAUAUCCUUCUUCACAAUUCGGUCCAAGCUAUUAUCCACCCGCUUCAUAUCGAUACUCCUAUCCUUCAUACAAUCCAAGCAGCUAUAAUAGUUACAAUGGCUACAAUCAACAGUACCGCAAUCCAUAUUAUGGUGUGCCGGCUCGUCGAGUUGAUAUCAGCCAUACGAAACCAUGGCCACAAUAUCGUCCAACUCAACAAGUCAAACCCGUGUACAACGCAAUAAACGCAACACACAAUUGGUCCGGAAAUAAUUCGGCAAUCAACAUAAGUAGUCUAGUUAAUAAUGUAACGCACCCACCGAAUGCAUCGGCACCAACUGCAAUCACAACAACGACCGCACCCGGAAUCCCACAGCCAACAACAUUGCCAGCUAACACGGCCGCUGCUACAUCGACAACAACGAGUACAAUAAUACCGGAACCAAUGCCCGAAGUACCAACUGAUGUUCCACUGGCACAGUCCUUAGAAAAAGAGGCGAGCUACAUUCAACCCAUCUUUGUUCCACCAAAUUUAGCGUUGGACGGAACGAUUCUGCCAAAUGAAAUGAAUUUCAAUGGGGAAUACAGCGAUCGAAUAAACGGCAAUUGAAAGCAAACUUGAACCCAACAGUAAGUAGACAAUGCAAAAUCAACGGAAAACAUCAACCCACAACUGAAGAGAAUAUAGGCAGCUUGUGCUUCGUACGAACAAUGCUAUUGAUUUCGGGGCCGGAAAGUUAUAUUUGCACCAUUCCAAUGCAGAACCAAACAAAAAAUUACGCUUUUUUUUGAAAUACUUGUUUUUACAAUCUUAGAAACAUACUUAGAUUUACAUUUCCCAAGAUACUAUUCACUCUUUUCUUUCG